GUGGUUAGAAUGUCACAUGUUAUUGGAAGCACGUUCCGGUUGGUCAAAUAUCUUGUGACGACUUCCGGCGUUAUGCAGCGCAAAAUUUGAAUCGACCUCCAUGUUCACAUCUGUGUGUUAUCUACAACAACAACAAAAGCGAGUUUGAGAAGAGGGAACUAUGAAUAAUGACACCUGCAGAUUAUUCCAAAGAGUGGCUCAAAAGAUGGGAUGGGCUAACAAAGAAGGACUGGACGAAGCAGAAAAAAAGCUAAUAAGCUCGAUUGGCAAGAGUCGUCAUGCUGCCACCAGUGGUCAUCGAUCGCCUGCCCAGCUUGCCCUCUCUGACAGUGAAGAUGAUCCAGAGAAGGAGAACCAUUUCUUCAAGGGCAACGAUUACAGGAACAAGUCUUUAACGGAGUCUAGUGAUGAUGACUUUGACCAAUUUCUCAUUGGAAGAGCUACACCCAAAGCUAAACCUAUAUCACAGAAACCAGGUAGUGCUGCAAGGAAAGCCAGUUCAAAUGUUGUUGUGGUGAGCUCGGAUGAUGACGGCAGCUUCGAAACAUAUUUGCAACGAGUAAAAACCCCUAAAGCCAAGCCGAAGAAAAUAUCAGAGAGUGGAAGUGAAGAUAGCCUCAAACACUUCAUAGUGGAUGACUACUCGUCAGAUGAUGACUUUGAGAGAAAGCCAUCAUUUAAAGUGCCUACAAAGAGCAAUACUCCAGCAGCCCAGCGUCCAUUGAUGAGACCGCUGUCUCAGUGUGACUCUCCAGUCUUUGUCAGUGACAGCGAUGAUGAUGACAAUAUUGUGGUUAAGAGCACUUGGAGGACUCGUCACUCAAAGCCCCUGCCGAAGGCUAACAAGAUUGAUGCUCUGCUGUCUGAUAAAGAGGAGAGUUCGCCAUCACUGCCGGUCUUCUCUCCUUUUUUGCCUCCUCUCCACAAAACAUCACUUGCCUCUCCCAAACGCACUCUCUCAGCACCUUCUAAGUUCGAUGAGUCGGCCAGUUCUGAGGAGGAGUUCACAUCUCUACUAGAGAGACUGAAAAGGAAAAACAAGUUCACUAGCGCCUCAUUCUCACCUAAGAAUGCAGAAUGCAAUAAGGAGCCUCCUCUGUUGGCUCCUCCUGUAAAGGCAACCCCAGCCUCCAAACCAUUAAAGGAAACACCUCUGCAUGUGAAGACACCUGGAAAAUCCUCCAUCCUGAAGCCCGCAGUCAGUCAGACAGAGCCCAGACACGGCCCCACCAGCAGGGUGGCGUUGUGUAAGACCCCAGGGUGCUUCUUGCAGUCCUUAUCGAACCCUGGCUCCACCCGCAAUUUUAAGCAGAAGAAGGAAGAACUUACCAGUAAACUCUACCAGCUGUAUAAUACCAGUGUGUUUGACAGUAAGCUUCCCGUCGACAUGUCAGUGACUUGGAAUAAGAAGAUGCGGAAAACAGCCGGUUACUGUGUCACAGGACAGGAGCGAGGUGGAGGGAGGCGCUAUGCUCGCAUAGAACUGUCAGAGAAAGUCUGUGAUUCUGCAGAUCGUCUCAGAGACACACUUAUUCAUGAGAUGUGUCACGCUGCGACCUGGCUGAUCAACGGUGUGAGGGAUGGCCACGGGAACUUCUGGAAGCUGUAUGCUCGCAAAUCCACGCUGGCGCAUCCUGAGCUGCCCAUGGUCACCCGCUGCCACAGUUAUGACAUCAAGUACAAAUUCCAGUACAAGUGCACCCGCUGUCAGAAUACGAUCGGACGUCAUUCCAAGUCGCUGGACACGCAGAGGUUCGUGUGCGCCCUCUGCACAGGACAACUGGUCUUGCUGACGCCUUCCAAGCCACGUGCUCCAACACCCUUCGCCAGUUUUGUCAAAGAGAAUUAUGGGACUGUUCGACAGGAGCUAGCUGGACAAAGCCAUGCGGAAGUAAUGCGUAAACUCAGUGCCGACUUUUCCUCCAAGGCUAAACUCAGUCAGAGCUGAGACCUUUGAACUUUCUGUGCUUACAGCCACGAACUGAGCUGCACAACUGCAGGAAAUAUCUCUGGAAUACCUCGGUGGACUUGUCUUACAUAAAUGAGCAGCUGUGAUUAUUAAUAUGAAAUCUAUUUUUCUGUUUUUUUAUGUCGUCAUUUCAAUAUUUGUCGGUAUGCGAUUAAGGACUGGACCUGCUGUAACGGGAAAAACUGAGCCUUAACACAGAGUUCAUAUUCCUGAGUCUCUGUGUUUACUGUUUUCUGUGUGUGUGUGUUUGUGUGUUUUCCAUGUUAUUCAACACAUGAUGGAGAUGAGUUUUUUUUAAAGGAAUUACUGAGGGAAAUGUUCAUUCACAUCAAUACGGUAUUUUUAUUUGUUCGCUUUGAAUUUUCUGUUGAUAUAUGAUUAAAUAAAGUUUCAAUUUGUGACUGUA